CCUUGAUUUCGUCACUGUUACAUUUCCCCGACCGUGUCAUUUGAUAAACGGUCAACAUUCCAUGAUGACUGGAUGUCAUUCAAGCAUUUCACGUGGUAAUUUUCUUUCGUCUGGCAAAUUUUAGGAGAUUACCAACUUUAGUCACAUUACUAGUGACGUGAACUGCCUGGAGACAUAUUUUGAGGGAAAAUAAGCAAUAAUACAUAAUGGGAGAAAGUUUAGUUGAUCAAAUGUGGCAUCUGUUACUUAGUUUGUCAGAAGACAAUUCUGCCCGUGUAAUGGCAUCGUUGAUAGCGGGUUCUUUUUUCAAACAUUGUAUAUCGAUCUGGUUCCAUCGAAAUCGAUGUAAUUAUUUUGUUACUGUAGGAAGGGUGUCUGCUAUAUUUUGUUACCCGGUGAAAUCUUGUCGUUGGUUGUCCGUCGAAAGGGCGUGGUGUACCCGUUUGGGGAUUUCUUACAAAGACGUCGGUGACAGGCAGUGGAUGUUUGUACGUCCCAACAAUGCCUUCCUGUCUCAGCGGCAAGAACCAAAAAUGUCUCUGAUCACGCCUAAUGUGGAUGAUGAAGAUUACUUACAGCUUGAUGCACCAGAAAUGAAACCUUUAUGCUUAUCAAAGAAACCUAAGAAUCAAAAUAAAAACAUAAUUUCAUGCAGUGUGUGGGGUAACAAAAUCAGUGGCCAGGACUGUGGUGAUGAAGCUGCUACAUGGAUAUGUGACUAUCUACAGAAAGAUGGCUAUCGUAUGGUAUAUUCAGGGGAUGAUUUGGAAAAAAGAUACGUCAAACCUAAGCAAUAUUCACCAAUACAAACUGCACAGUGUGUUUACCAAGACAGUUCCCCCUACCACCUCCUGUCUCAGGCAUCAAUCGAUGAUAUCAACAACCGAAUUAAUAAAGAAGUUACAGUUUAUAACUUCCGACCGAAUAUUCUUGUGGAAGGCUGUAUGGCUUUUGAUGAGGAUUCUUGGGAUGAGAUCCGAAUUGGUACAAAUGUGACAUUUCAUUACAUAGAACCAUGUAGCAGGUGCCUGCUUCCUUCUGUUGAACCAAACACAGGAGAGAAAGAUCCAGAAAUGGAACCUUUUAAAACGUUACAGAGCUUCCGGGCCCCUCGUGGAACGAAAUCCCCAAAUUUUGGUAUUAUGAUCAGUCCUAACACUGAAGGAUGGAUUCAAGUUGGUGACCCGGUGUAUGCUUUCCGGAAAUAAAAUUUUCAGUAUUUUUGUAUUUGUUACCAAAGAUAAUACUAUAAAAGAAAAAAAGAAAGAAAAAGAAAAAAAUAUAAGAACAAUAGAUUAUAUUUUUUUUAUUGUUAUAUUAAAAUUUAAACAGUGAAUUGGUGAAAACAUUAAUGUCUGACUAAAUGACUUUGCUUUACCACCAAAUGUAAUGAGUUCAAAUACAGACAGGUGAUAUUUACUUUUAUUCUUCACUUAAAAUACCAAUAAUAUACUACUCCUUCAGCAAUUCAGCUCACUCUGUAUUGUUGCUUAGAAAAACUGAGCCACAUUGAAAAAAGUUCUUGCAUUCAAAUUAUGUCUGUUGAAUGAUGACGAGUUUUAAUUCAUUUGUAGUAAUCAAUGCAACAAGAAGGCAGGACCAAAAAACAGCUGAGCUCUCACCCUGCUGUUUUUAUAGAACACUUGGUGCCCUUUACAACUGUAUUUGGUAUGGAAACAGACAAUCAAAGUUUUGCGGUAUUCCAAUAAAAGCCAAUUUAUAUUUUGCUUUUAUCUAGUGCAAUCAGAAUCAGAAGAAAUAUAAUUUGAUUCUUGCAGAAAUUUGGAUUCAGAAUUCUACAUUUUCAUUUAUGGUUACAAGACUUUCUUGUGAGUGUUGUAGAAUAGCAUCUCUUCAACUCUGUUCUGUUUGAAUAUUUUAGGAAUGGUCCAAAGAUUUGGCACACCAGAGAAAUGCCACCAUGUCUCUCCCCCCCCCCCUUUCCUUCCUUUCUUCUUAAUGGAUAUUUAGUCAUGCUGUUGCUGGAAGUGUGGUCACAUAGAGGUAACUUACGAAUUCUAGAUUUUAAAGUAUUUAGUUGUGUGAGGAAAUGAACGGCAGGGAGAUACCAGGUUGAGCGCUCUAUAUGUACACACACAUACAUGUGCAUAGAGAAUUUUGUGUUCUCUCUUUUAACAGCCUUGGUGUAUUUAAUAAAUAUAUAAAAUCACAUAACAUAUUAUAAACAAUAUAUCAUUAUUUUCUCUCAGACAAUCUAGUUUUGUUCUUUUAAGUUCCGUGCCAUUCCAAAGAGAUGGCACUGCAGGACAGUUUGAACUGUUGUAGAACAUAGAAUAUUGGGAUUGGUGCUAUUUAGCAUGCUUGUGUGUCCCCAAGCCAAAUGGAAAAUGAGUUAGGAAUGUCUAUGUAAUAUUCUGAUGUGAUGCCUAUCAAAUCAUUGUCCUCUUAUUUCUGUAAAUAAUAAUGUUUCAAAAACACUGACUUGCAGUAGAACAAAUUGAAUAAAAUUCUAUUUUGAAAUAUU